AUGGCAGACCCGUACAACCCAUACUCUUCAUACUCCACGCCCACCCCGGGCGGAGUCAGUUACUAUCUCCCCGAGGAUCAACAUCCAUACCCUAUGUAUCCACCACAGCCAGACUUCCAUGUCUCUGAGCCCCAGCCGAGCUCGUAUCACCCGUACCACCUCGCGCCGGAACCCUACCACGGCAGCAUGCCGGAGAGGAGUUACACGCCGGUAGGACAGCCAGACUAUCUCGGCCCGGUUGUCACGGCCGGGACUCCGUCUACUCCGGGAAAAGUCCCAGAGAAUUUAGGUGGCCACCACCCCGACCAACCUCAUUUCUCCCCAUCUCCCAGCCCUCAUCCACCCGCAGUGCAUGUAUCCGAUGCCGACAACCCUUCGCCAAGCGCGGAGAGUCAUCCAUCGGACCCCCGCGAGGAACCCCAGCACGAGCGCGGGCUUGGAAGUUCGCUGGCUGGCGGCGCGGCGGGCUACUUCGCCGGACAUAAGAAAGACCAUGGGCUCUUAGGUGCUAUUGGAGGUGCCAUUCUGGGCAACUAUUUGGAAGACAAGAUGAAGGAACAUCGUCGGCAUAGCCAUAGUCAUGGCCAUGGUCACCGGCAUGGCCACGGACAUGGUCAUCAUCACCACCAUCAUCAGCGGCACCGCAGUCAUAGUAGCCAUUCUCGGCAUCGACGAGAUGACAGCUCGUAA